UUGAUAAACAUUGUUCUCCGUUUUAUAGGCCAGAAAAUCACAGCUACCACAACAGGGAACCCAACCAAACCCUUUUCCUUCUCUCUGUCACUCUGCAAUUCGAUGUGUUUGAGCUGCUAACUAUACGUUUGUGUGCUUCUGAGCCAUAUAUAUAUAUCAAUACAACUUACAGAACUCAACCAUGCAAAGCCCCGUAGAGAGAAAACCAGGAGUUUACACCUACGUGGCUCAAUGGCCAGUUUACUCCAUAGCCUGGUCACUUCGUUCGGACAAGAAUUACCGCCUAGCCAUCGGAAGCUUUCUCGAAGACUACAGCAAUAAGGUCGAACUCGUCCAUUUCAACCCUGACACCUCCGAUUUCACCACCGACAGCCGCCUCUUCUUCGACCACCCUUACGCCCCAACCAACCUCAUGUUCUUCCCUUCCCCGGAAACCUCUAACCCCGACCUCAUCGCCACCUCCGGCGACUAUCUCCGCCUCUGGGAAAUCCACGAAGAUCGAAUCCAGCUCAAAUCCCUCCUCAACGGCAAUAAAACCAGCGAGUUCAACUCCGCCAUCACUUCCUUCGAUUGGGCCGAGGUCGACACUGGUCGUGUUGCCACAGCGAGUGUCGACACCACUUGUACGGUCUGGGACAUCGAGAGGGAAGCCGUGGACAGCCAGUUGGUGGCUCACGACAAAGAGGUGUAUGAUAUUUCUUGGGGCGGAUUCAAUGUGUUCGCUUCGGUUUCUGGGGACGGUUCUGUCAGAGUGUUUGAUUUGAGGGAUAAGGAAAGGUCAACCAUAAUUUAUGAAAAUCCUAUCCAGGAUAGUCCUCUGCUAAGGUUGGAGUGGAACAAGUUUGACUCCAGGUUUAUAGCCACGGUCGGAAUGGACAGCAACAAAGUGGUGAUAAUCGAUAUUAGGUUUCCAACUACUCCCUUAAUGGAGCUUUGUAAGCAUAAAGGGAGUGUGAAUGCCAUCUCAUGGUCUCCUCGCAUCGGACGGCAUUUGUGCUCCGUUGGUGACGAUUCAAGGGCUCUGAUAUGGGAUGUGGUGGGACCCAAUUUUCGAUCUGAUAAUGGUGGGGAGAUUGAACCUGAGAUGUGGUAUGGCUCGACGGCUGAGAUUAAUCAUGUGCGUUGGUCUCCUGUGGAGUUGCAAUGGAUCGGUAUUGCUUUCUUGAAUAGGUUACAGCUUCUGAAGGUUUAGGAGCCAAUGGGGCACAGGACCGUGACCAUCACUAAUGGUGGACCCAACUGGGUUGCCAAUGGAUAUCGAGGAUUUUUUGCCAUGGCUACAAAUUAGAGGAUAUCAAAGAGAAUCCUGACCAUUGUUUUGAUGUCUUUUAAGAUUGAAAUUGUAGUGAGAGUUGAUUUAUUAUAGCACUAGAUAGACUUGAGCUUGGCAAAUAGAUGCUAAGGGUAUACAAGCCAAUAUUGAACUAUAUAUAUCCAUACACUAGCCACUGUAACUAGCCAUUUGUUGCUUAUCAUCUCCCUAUCU